GAUUCAGCCAUUUCCAGAAUUGAAUCUUGAACUUACUUGCCAACAUUCAGCUUCGUGCGCCCCCAGACCAGCACUCCAGCCUAUCCAUCUGAUAUCCAAGACACCACACCAUGGCGGACACUGUCGAGGAGAAGAAGCAGUCCGUUGAGGGACAGGGCCAGGCUGACGCCAAUGCCUCGAUUGGAGGAUCUGGCAAGGCCGAAUCAUCGAGCAAGAAACAAACCAACGGCAGUGCCGAUGCCGACGAUUCAGAACCCGAAGCUCAGCCUCAGAAGUCAAAAUCGCAAUCGAGGCGUCGCCAGUCUCGAGGCCGUGGACGACGAGGCGGAGAUUCCGAGGACACUGAUGCACGAUCCGACGUCUCCCAGUCUGGCGGCCGCCGCAACCGUCAGCGCCAGAAGAAGGGUGGGAAGGGAGGCCCUCUUGACGACAUCACCGAGAACGUUCCCGGAGGCGAGCUUGUUGGUGGUGCUGGCGACAUGGUCCAGGACACCGCGGGCAAGGCUGUAGGCCAGGUCGGCGACACUGCUGGAAAGGCUCUUGGAGGUCUGACCGGCGGUGGAGGCGGCGAGGAUGAGGGCGACAGCAAGGGCGAGCAGCUGCGUCUGCGAUUGGAGCUUAACCUCGACAUUGAGAUCCAGCUCAAGGCUAAGAUUCACGGUGACCUGACCCUUGGUCUGCUUAACUAAGCUACAAGCAACGAACAUUGCACGACCAUUACUACUUUACGACGUUUGGAGCAUUGAGUCCGGAGCUUUCCUGGACGG